AUGGCUUCAAGAAAGGUGCCGGGGUAUGGUGGUGGUUCCGGCAGACGAGCGGGCGAACGGGCGAACAGGCACCGCUGCUGGCAGGUAGUCGGUUUGGGUACAGGCUUACGCAAGCCUCAUACCUAUAAGUUAAGAUUAACCUUGCUUAGCGGUGCCCGAGAGAACGGGCCAGGGGGAACUCCAGGAUCGGUCAUUUGUUCGAGUUGCGAUAAAAGAAACAUAAUCGCGGCUGUUUUCUUGCCUCACGUUUCAGGAGCGCUAAUAGAGCCGCCAUACGCCACCGUUCUUUCGCGCUCGCGACGGCAAAAUUUCUCACGGAUCCGUGUCCCCGAGUUCGUUCGUUCGAGUCUUAUUCGAUCCCUGGCAGUCUUGGAGCGCCAUUUGAAUUUGGAGCGGAAAUGGAGCUCGCGAAAAUGGAGCUCAGACGGCUCAGUCGUGCUCCAGAGAGCUAUUUUAAUUCCUUCCUAUGAUUGGGAUUCUUCACGGGUCUCCGGAGGUCACCCCAUUCGGAUUCACGUUCUUCGGCGAUCGUCAGAACGAGCUAAACUUUUCGACCAGCGGGAGCGUAAAAUUAGUGGAAUCUUACCGGAGGCUGUAAAUCUCACACGAAAGCCGAUCUUGUUGACCCUGAUUGGACCAAUGACAGAGACGGAGGAACGAGAUUCCAAUCGGGCAUACCACAUCGUAGAUUCACUCCCGGGUCGAAGGCUGUUUCGUCGAGCCGUCUGUCAAUCGAGGGGAGGAAAAAGCAACGAGGAGUGUGCCGAACACGUAGGUGUAACAAUUUUGACGAGUCUCAUUAAGCAACCGCAUUACCGUGUAAGAAUUUAGAAGGGGAUAAUCGCGUUAUAGGACAAAGAUUCACCGUCAUGCCUCAGCAAAUAUUAAAUCAAGUUAAUUAAUCGUAAAUCAAUUAAAAAAUAAAGCUGGUAUUUGACAACUUGAUUAAGAAGAUUGACUAUCAUUACUAAAGCAAAAAACAGAUCCAGAUUAAGUGAGGAAUUAAAAAAAAAAACGUAAUAUUCUGUCUAAUAGAUAAUCGUACAUUUCCAGCUGGAGAUGGUUAAGGAGCAAGAAGCUCUCUCGGAUUUUAAUCACUUCAUCUUCCAUUGAAUUGUCGUCUUUCUCUCUCUCUCUCUCUCUCUCUCUCUUCAGAUUUAUUCGCCAUUUAUUCGCCGAUCCACUAACGCUUUUCGAGCUGUGGCGGAGCGUGUUUAACGCGCUUAUUGCGACGGCAUCACGGCGAGCGCAUCACGGUGCGGCCGAUUAGGCGAAAACACCGCCGCGGGCUACCGGUCUUGGUGCGUCGCAGGGCCGGCCCCGUUCGCCUCCACGUCGUCCUUCGUCGGCCAUCGAUAUCUCCGUAGCGAAGCGACGCGGCUGUUCGAGGUGGCUGCGAAGGCGCGCGUAUGAGGCCCGAAAUCGACUCCAUUCGGCCCUCUCGUCUCGCGCGGCUAAGGGCGAAGGCAUUGAAAUGCAGAGAGCGUUGGUGCUACCGUGCGAUGGUCCCGAUACCGCCUAAUGGACCGUCCCCGCCCCCUUUUCCCUUCGCCUUCGUCGUCGUCGAUUCUUCUUCUCCGCCCUCCAGCACCUUUCACACUCUCUCUUUCUUCCUCUUCGUCUCGCUGCCAGUAUCCUACCCGCCACUCUCAACCUCCUCUUCCUCCUCCUCCUCCUCUUCCCACCUUCUUGAUUUCUCCCCUCGCUCUUCUCUCUCUCCUCUC